AAAGCCUCAUAUCCCAUUCUCUCUCUCUUCUUUCUCUCUCCUUUCUUGUCUCUAAAAUGAAAUGUCAGAAAACUCAAAGUUAGCUCCUUUUUAAAUUAUAUUAUAUUGGGUUUCUUCCCAUUUUUGGUUUUGACUUGAGAGAUUCAACAUUGAAGAGCUCUCAUAUCAUAGACAUGUCUGUUGUGUCAGCUGAGCAUAACGUCAGAGGGGUACCCACUCAUGGUGGACUCUAUGUUCAGUACAACAUCUACGGUAACCUCUUCGAAGUUUCAAAGAAGUAUGUCCCUCCUAUUCGCCCUGUUGGUAGAGGAGCUUAUGGUAUUGUUUGUGCUGCUGUAAAUGCGGAGACACGCGAGGAAGUUGCCAUUAAGAAGGUUGGCAAUGCAUUUGACAAUAGAAUAGAUGCCAAAAGGACCUUACGAGAAAUUAAACUUCUUCGGCACAUGGAUCAUGAGAAUGUGAUGUCCAUUAAAGAUAUUAUACGACCUCCACAGAAGGAGAACUUCAAUGAUGUGUACAUUGUUUCUGAGUUAUUGGACACGGAUUUGAAUCAAAUAAUACGUUCCAAUCAACCAUUGAAUGAUGAUCAUUGUCGGUAUUUUCUGUAUCAGUUGUUGCGAGGGCUCAAAUAUAUACAUUCAGCAAAUGUUUUACACCGUGAUCUUAAGCCUAGCAAUCUGCUACUGAAUGCCAAUUGUGACCUUAAGAUUGGAGACUUUGGUCUUGCUAGAACUACAUCUGAAACUGAUUUUAUGACUGAGUAUGUGGUUACUCGAUGGUACCGAGCUCCCGAAUUGCUUCUUAAUAGUUCAGAAUACACAGCAGCAAUUGAUGUAUGGUCCGUUGGUUGUAUAUUUGGUGAAAUCAUAACAAGACAACCCCUUUUUCCUGGCAAAGAUUAUGUUCAUCAGCUGAGACUGAUCACAGAGCUGAUAGGUUCACCUGAUGAAGCUAGCCUUGGAUUUCUACGAAAUGAUAAUGCUCGUAGAUACAUAAAACAGCUUCCACAAUAUCCAAAGCAAAACUUUUCUGCUAGAUUUCCCAACAUGUCUCCCGGUGCUGUUGAUUUGCUAGAGAAGAUGCUUGUCUUUGAUCCAAACAGGCGCAUUACAGUUAAUGAGGCAUUGUGCCACCCAUACAUGGCACCUCUCCAUGAUAUCAAUGAGGAACCUGUUUGUGCCAGACCUUUCAGUUUUGACUUUGAGCAACCUUCAUUCACUGAAGAAGUUAUCAAGGAACUUAUCUGGAGAGAAUCUGUGAAUUUCAAUCCUGAUCCACCAAUUUACUGAGAUUUUGUAUUUACUUAGUAUAUGCUUAGUGAAAUAUUAUGAUGGACUAAUUUACAAGUUAUGGCACUACUUGGGAAGUUGCAGUUCUCCACAAGAUAUGAAACAUGUCGGAGUCAUUGAGAUUGUUGUGAGGUGUCUUUCAUUUCAGUCUCAUCUCAGAUUCUUGGAUAAUCAUUUUGUUGAGAUGUACCGUAGAAACGAUCAGAAGAUGAGCUGCAUUACUCAAAGGUUUCAGCAGAAUAUUCAAGAGCCCUGCUCCUUGUUGGUGUAUUUCUAUUUUUCAGCUUAGACUUAGGGACCAUAGUGUAGUGCACUGUUGCUUCCAGUUUUUUUUUUUUAUCCUUUAGACCAAGGAAAAUACACAAGAAAACUUCUUCAUUUGUGGGGACAGACAUUAUCCCAUUGUAAGACAUAAAAUGGAAUGGUUUGUUAAGAGUUCAAAAUAUUUAAUAAAAUU